AUGCCACUUUCUGCCACCCUGGGCCAUCCUAGGGUCUCCUCGCGGGGCUGUGUUCCGCAUGCUGAAGCCCUCUUUCCGACUCCUUCGAUAUUAUCAAGCGAUUGGAUGUGGCUUGCUGAUCGAAGGCUGGGCAGAACAAUGUCGGAAGAGCCGACUGAUAUCGAUGCCAGCCUUCUCAAUACAUCCGCCACUGCGGUGUUCAUAUCGUACUUCGAUUGCCUUGACAAGGACCUGACUUUUCUCACGGCAACCGAGCCGGCUGUGGUGGAUAAGAACAAAGUUGCAAAACAUGGUCAAUGGACGGUGGAAUACAUAGUGCGCCAUGAAACACUAUCAGGAUAG